AGGCUUUGCGCGCUCAGCCACCGGGAGAGAGCGCAGAAGAAGAAAAGAAGCUCCGUGUGUAGCGGCAAUGAAAGGACAGCGUGCUGCUAACAACCCGACUAAAACAUUAAGUUAAGUGCAAGUUAGCGGCCGUAACUGUCAAACCACAGGACGAGCGUGAUCCCAUCUUUUAGAAGAGACUCUGAGGACUGCGUCGGGAAAAUGUCUUUGGUUUGUGCAAUCUCCAACGAGGUGCCGGAGCACCCGUGCGUGUCCCCGGUGUCCAACCAGGUGUUUGAGCGCCGGCUGAUCGAGAAGUACAUCGCAGAGAAUGGGACGGACCCGAUGAACGGACAGCCUCUGUCUGAGGAGCAGCUCGUAGAUAUCAAAGUGUCCCAUCCCAUUAGACCAAAGGCACCAUCCGCAACAAGCAUUCCUGCUAUUCUCAAGUCCCUUCAAGAUGAGUGGGAUGCUGUUAUGCUUCACAGUUUCACGCUGAGGCAGCAGCUGCAGACUACUCGCCAAGAACUGUCGCAUGCACUCUACCAACAUGAUGCCGCCUGCAGAGUCAUCGCUCGACUCACCAAAGAGGUCACUGCUGCAAGAGAAGCUCUUGCCACACUCAAACCUCAAGCUGGAUUGGUUGCCCCUCAGGCCGUCCCCGCCUCUCAGCCGGCUGCAGCAGGUGCUGGCGGAGAGCCUAUGGAGAUUAGUGAACAGGUUGGAAUGACCCCAGAGAUCAUCCAGAAGCUCCAAGACAAAGCUACUAUCCUCACCACAGAAAGAAAGAAGAGAGGAAAAACCGUCCCAGAGGAGCUGGUUAGAGCUGAGGAUCUCAGCAAAUACCGCCAAGUGGCCUCUCAUGCUGGUCUUCAUAGUGCCAGUGUCCCUGGUAUUCUGGCUCUGGAUCUGUGUCCCUCAGACACCAGCAAAGUUCUCACCGGUGGAGCCGAUAAGAACGUGGUGGUGUUUGACAAGAACGAGGAGCAGAUUGUGGCAACACUUAAGGGCCACACCAAGAAGGUCACCUCCGUCAUUUAUCAUCCAUCCCAGUCUGUGGUCUUCUCUGCAUCUCCAGACAACACCAUCCGUGUGUGGUCUGUCACCGGGGGCAACUGUGUCCAGGUGGUGCGUGCCCACGAGGCAGGUGUGACUGGAUUGUCCCUACAUGCUACUGGGGACUACCUGCUUAGUUCAUCUGAGGAUCAGUACUGGGCCUUUUCUGAUAUCCAGACCGGUAGAGUCCUCACCAAAGUCACUGAUGAAAGUGCUGGCUGUGCUCUCACCUGUGCUCAGUUCCACCCUGAUGGUCUCAUUUUUGGCACUGGGACGGCUGAUUCUCAAAUCAAGAUCUGGGAUCUGAAGGAGCGCACCAACGUGGCCAACUUCCCAGGCCACUCUGGCCCCGUCACCUCCAUUGCUUUCUCUGAGAACGGAUACUAUCUGGCCACAGGUGCCCAGGAUAGCUCUCUGAAACUGUGGGAUUUGAGGAAACUGAAGAACUUCAAGACCAUCACCCUGGACAACAACUAUGAGGUGAAGUCCCUUGUGUUUGAUCAGAGUGGUACCUACCUGGCUGUAGGAGGAUCUGACAUCCGUGUCUACAUCUGCAAGCAGUGGUCUGAAGUCCUCAACUUUACAGAUCAUACAGGACUGGUGACUGGAGUGGCCUUUGGAGAGAACGCUCAGUUCCUGACCUCUGCAGGAAUGGACAGAAGUCUGAAAUUUUAUAGUUUGUAGAAAAGGAUAAAUUCAGGAUGGAGAACAGCUGAGCUGAGAAGUAUAGAACAGUCUCUUAUUUCUGAACAGUCACUCUCCUGGACACUGACUUGGUAUAGAUCUGUAAUUUUUAGGAAAAAAAGAGAGAAAAAACCCACAGCUAACUUUGCUUCAUUAGUGUUUGUCCCCAGGAAUGAGAUUACAUUUUCUGCUAUAUAAAACCACAACAGUCAUGGUCAGGAUAACAUGUUGGCAUUGCAAGUCUGAAGUGUAAAUGAUGUGAAACGAAAUACAGAAACCAGUGUAAAACCCGUGUCUGAUUUGCCAGCAAAUAUGAUUUUACUGUAGUAUUUUUGUUUUUUUUGUGUGUGGGGGGGGAGGAUUUAAAGUUGCUUAUAAUACUCUGAAGUGUUGAUGUACACUGUCGGGAGUUAGAAUUGAUGUGACCACAAUCUGCUUCGCUUCAUAAUGUAGAUCAGCUUCAUUACAGUAUCUUUAGGAUAAAAUAAAAAAUACAUCUGUAGUGACGUACAGUACAGCUGAGCAGAAAAUUAUUGUAUCAGAACUGUAAACAGGUGUAUAAGAUUCAUAAGAUAAGAUUCAGUCCUGUGUGAAAAAUUUAGUCUUCGUUAACCUCUGUUUCAUUUAAACUUUUGUCUUUUUCCAAUUGUAUAUUUCUCAUUAUUUGCUAUUUUACCUGUUGCAACUCUGCCCUUUUACAAUAAAAUAAAAUAUCUUUUGUAUGGCCA